AGUCAACAGUCAAGUCUCAAGCUCGAUACUGCGAAUCAAGGGCAUGACGCAAUUAUAGAUAAUUAUUUUUUUUUUAAAUGAUUGAGUCAGCAAAAACUCCUCCCGCAGUUGAGCAAAUGACUUCAAUAUCAGCCCAUCAUACAGCUGGGAGAGAUACAAAACCCCAUGAGUGACCCAAAGGGAGACAUCAGGUAGCAUACGCAAUUCGGACAGGCUAGGAUUAUGCCACAGACGAGAAUAUGUGACAAACAUAGGAUAGUGCAAAAGGGUCCUAAAUUUCAUCCACACCUUACGGAUAAGUACAAAGGUCUUAGCAGCCAUGGCCAAUAAAGGUCCAGCCUAUGGUAUGAGCCGCGAUGUCCAGUCUCGCAUAGAGAAGAAGUAUGAUGAAGAGCUGGAGCCCCGCUUAAUCCAAUGGAUAAAGAUGCAGUGUGGAUCAGAUGUGGGAGCACCUGAGGAGCAAGGAAGAUAUGGAUUCCAGCAGUGGUUAAAGAAUGGAGUGAUCCUUUCCAAACUGAUAAACAGCCUGUAUCCCAGAGGAUCACAGCCCGUGAAGAUCCCUGAUCCCCCUCCCAGUAUGGUCUUCAAGCAGAUGGAGCAGGUGGCACAGUUUCUAAAAGCAGCGGAGGAGUACGGAGUGGUGAAAACAGACGUCUUCCAAACUGUAGACCUGUACGAAGGAAAAGAUCUGGCUGCCGUACAGAGGACAAUAGUAGCUCUUGGGAGUAUCGCAGUUACAAAAAAUGACGGCCAAUACCAAGGAGACCCAUCCUGGUUCAUGAAGAAAGCCCAGGAGCACAAGCGGGACUUCUCCGAUGAUAAACUGAAGCAAGGAAAGAAUGUGAUCGGUUUGCAGAUGGGCAGCAACCAGGGGGCUUCCCAGUCUGGCAUGACAGGGUAUGGCCGCCCAAGACAGAUUAUCAGUUAAAUCCAAGUUAUGAAGGGUUAACCUCUUCACUCCUGAAAGAGUCCUUGAGUAAUACACAGCAGUGUAAGGUUAUAACAAAACACAUUUUCUGCAUUCUGAGCACCUUGGAUGUGAUGCUUAGUUACAGCCCAUUAAAUUCCAACUAUAUGGAUGAAAAACCUAUCACUUCCAAGUUGUCAUCUCUUUUAUUCAAUGAUGUCUCACACAUAGCCAACUGUACGGUAUUACUGAAAACAGUGUGCACCUAUAGAUCAUGUAAGGUUAGUAGUGACUGACUAGGUCUGUAAACACUUCUGACCCCCACACUGGGCUGAAUUUACACAUAUCCAGUAUAAGUAGAAAUCCAUACCUUCAGCACCCCCUGACCUGUAUGUCAAGGUGCAUGUAUUAGAGACAUAAUUCAGGUGCAUCCGAAAUCUCAGUUUUUGUUACCUGUAUCUUUGUUGUCCUUCCAAAAGAUUUUUUUUUUACAAGUCGUACAAUCCACCACUCGGUCGUUCAUUCUGCAUAGUAUUCUACUUUCUGCCCCAUAGCACUAGACUAAACACCACUAUACAGCAGUAAAGAGGUUAAUCUGCACAAGUCUUAUCAAGGAAAUUCUCAAAUAAACCAGUGUUUAUUAAAA